CCAUCAGUAUCUUCUGCUGCAAUUCCCGCUCCGUCUCCCAUCCGAUUCAACCUUUUUCUUCUUCUUCUUCUUCGUCAUUAUCAUCUGACCUAAUCUCUCUAUUUCUUUUCAGUCCUCACGUCUUCAAAAAUACCUCUCAAUUUGGUUUCCUUAUCAAUUUCUUUGAAGAUUUAUUUUCCCCCUUUAUGGUCAACAAGUCAAUUGAUUUGACCUGGCUGAGGAGUCUGGGUUCUUCCAUGUAGCCACUGCGGGAGCGCGUCUCAUCAGCUGAGUUAUAUUAUUAAGGCUUUUAAGGAUUAGGUUGACUGAGAAGCACUGGGUAAUCCAACAAAGCACAAUUGUAACACUAUGGAUGAAAGAGUGAUUUGUGAGGGGAAUUUUGUCCUCUCGUCAAAAACACAGGCUUCUGCAACCAGUCCAUGUGAUGUUCCUAGCAAGGAUGAAGGGAAUCUAUCAACUGUUAUGGAAUCUAUAAAUAUUAAUGAAGAGGAUCAUAAUGAGUUGAACAAACAGAAGCAUGAAGCUAAAAAUCUGGAUCAAGUUUUGAAGCAACAGGAAAAGGCAAGUACAGUGUUAGAUGGACAAAAUUUGACAGAGGUGAAUCAGCUUUCAGAGGGAGUUACUGUCGAGGAGAAGGAUGCAGACCCUGUUUUUGAUGGAACUGAGGCUCCUGAAUUGGAAACUGACAAGGCAUUUUCAAGCCAAAAUAUGGAUCCUGCUGAUCCAGAAGUGCAAGUGUAUGCUUGGCCUGAAAAAGCUGUUGCUUUGAGAAACUUCGUUAGGGAGAAGAGUGCAGUUGCUGUUUCUACUAUGCUUCGUCGCCUUUCUAGCAAAAAAAAUCAAGAGGAACUUGGCGAUUACAAUGAUAUAGUCACAAAGGGUCAUGAUAAGGAUCAAGAUGUGGAAACUGAUUCCAAGGAAAAUAAAGUCUCACCAAAGGACGGUGAACAAUCACUAUGGAACCCUCUAAAUUUCAUGAAAAUUAGACGCAAUGCGGAUUCUCAAAGCAAAACUGAUCAUUUAGAACAUGCUUCUUUUGAUAAUUUACUACAAGAAACAAUACAGCGAAGGAUUAUAGUGUAUACAAGGCUUGGAUGCCAAGAGUGUAGAAUGGUUAGAUCUUUAUUGAAUAUGAAGAGACUCAAAUAUGUUGAGAUCAACAUUGAUAUUUUUCCUACUAGAAAGCUUGAGUUGGAGAAAAGAACAGGCUCUUCUGUUGUUCCCAAGGUGUAUUUAAAUGAUUUCCUAGUUGGAGGACUUGAUGAACUGAAGGCCAUGGACGAGUCAGGACAGCUUGAUGAGAAAAUUAAAGAUCUUUUCAUUGAGGAAUCUAUACCUACAGCUCCUUUGCCACCAUUGCCUGGUGAAGAUGAUGAGUCUGGUAAUGGAACAAUUGAUGACAUGGCCUCAAUUGUCAGAAAGAUGAAAGAGUCAAUUAUUAUAAAGGACAGAUUCUAUAAGAUGCGGAGGUUUAGCAAUUGUUUUGUUGGGUCUGAAGCUGUAAACUUUCUGUCUGAAGAUCAGUAUUUUGAAAGAGAAGAGGCUGUGGAAUUUGGAAGAAAGCUCGUUGGCAUGCACUUUUUCCAGCAUAUUACAAAUGAGAACAUAUUCGAGGAUGGAAGCCACUUGUACCGAUUUUUGGAACAUGAUCCAGUCAUCAUGACUCAGUGCUACAACUUCCCAAGGGGUGUUAUUGAAGUCAAACCUAAGCCUAUCACUGAAAUUGCAUCAAGGUUAAGGUUUCUCUCUUAUGCGAUAAUUGAAGCAUAUGUAUCUGAAGAUGGAAGGCAUGUUGAUUACAGGAGUAUCCAUAGUUGUGAAGAGUUCAAAAGGUACUUGAGAACAAUUGAAGAGCUUCAGAGGGUGGAUUUGGAACCCUUGUCACGGGAGGAAAAGCUUGCUUUCUUCAUAAACCUCUAUAACAUGAUGGCCAUCCAUGCAAUAUUGACAUUAGGAUUUCCCGCUCGGGCCCUAGAAAGGAGAACAUUCUUCGGCGAUUUUAAAUAUGUUAUAGGUGGGUGUGCCUAUUCUCUAUCGGCCAUCCAUAAUGGAAUAUUAAGGGGGAAUCAACGGCCUCCGUAUAAUAUUACCAAGCCCUUUGGACAGAGGGACAAGCGCAUAAAGGUUGCUUUUCCAUAUCCAGAACCAUUAGUUCACUUUGCUUUGGUGUGUGGCACAAGAUCUGGACCUGCACUAAGGUGUUACUCUCCUGGAAAUAUCGACAAAGAGCUAAUUGAAUCUGCUCGAGAUUUCAUCAAAACUGGAGGAUUAUUUGUGGAUUCUGAAUCUUCAGUUGCAUCAAUAACAAAGAUCUUAAGAUGGUACAGUGUGGACUUUGGGAAGAACGAGGUUGAGGUACUAAAACAUGCGGCCAACUACCUCGAACCCCAAAAAUCUGAGGACCUUCUAGAGUUGCUUUCAAGCACCCAGUUGAAAGUAACCUACCAGCCUUAUGACUGGAGUGCAAACUACUAGGAAUAUAUGUGUAUUAUCUCAUUUGCAUUCAUGUCCUUGAGAUUAUAUUUGGAAAAAGAAAGACUUUCUUCUUAUUUAUCUAAUUUUAGGUUAAAUUUUGAAAUUUCUUUUUUGGUCUGAUUUAAUAUUGAAUGUUUUUAACUGUGGAUAAGACAUGUUAUUGUUGUGUAAGCUUUCUUUCUUAUAGUACCAACUUUUGGAAGUCGAGUCAGUUGAAUCUUUAUAA